AUGGCCGCUGUGCAACUGAGCUUUUCUAUUCGCACUUCCAGCAGUGUCAAGACAGUCCAUCUGGUGGGCUCCUGGGACAACUACUCCCGCCAGCUGCCUCUGUCCAAGGAUCCCUCCAAGCCCGGCGCGUGGACGGGCAAGUUCCGCUUCCAGACUUCUGUUCUUCAGCUGGGUGGACGGUACUGGUAUUACUACAUCAUGGACGGGUACCAUGUCUCUCACGACCCUGCCGUGGAAUACACCGUCGAACCCACGACCGGUCGCAAGCUCAACAUCCUCGACGUCCCGUAUGGCAACGACUCUCCCACCAGCACCGGCCGUAGCCGCCGCGACUCGAUGGACAUCCCCAAGGGCCGUGCGCUGUCUCCGUCCAAGAUCCAGCACCCCAAGCCGUCCAAGCCGUACGCCUCGCGCCAGAUCCGCGAAGCCGACUUCGCCGCGCCGACGGUGGACCAACUCACCAGGCGGUUCGCCGAGUCGCGUCUGUCGGACGACUACUCGUACUCCAACAGCCCGCCCAGCUCCGUGGGCUCGUCGCUGUCCUCGCGCACCGACAGCUCAUCCCCGUCGUCGCUGUCGUCGAUGAGCGACCCGCCCACGCCGGUGUGUCGCUGCGAGCGGUACGGCAUCACGCGCAAGGGCGACCGCGUCAAGCUCGACUGCGGCGGCAGCCGGUGCGGCUACACGGAUUCGUCCGAGUCGAGCUGCUCGUCUGACUCGGAGUCUGAUGACGACUAUCGGAGGGCACGCCAUGAAGUGCGACGACAGGGAAUUGUUACGAGGGCCAAGAAGCUGGAAGACGAAGAAGAAAACGCUUUACGUUUUACGUGA